AUGUUCCCAGCCGCCGCUCUCUGCCUGCUUUGCCUCUCGGGCCUUUUGGGAGCUCCAGUGGGCAAAGCCCGCCAGAAAGUGCUCCUGGUCUCCUUCGAUGGAUUUCGGUGGGACUACGACCGCGACGUGGACACGCCACACCUGGACCAGAUGGCCACAGACGGCGUGAAAGCUCUGUAUGUGACGCCACCGUACCUGACGAUCACCAGCCCCUCGCACUUCACCCUGCUGACAGGCCGCUACAUCGAGAACCACGGGGUGAUCCACAACAUGUGGUUCAACACCACCACCACGCAGAAGAAGCCCUACUAUCAGACCCAGUUCGUGAACGAGUGGUGGGACAAUGGCACUCUACCCAUCUGGAUCACAGCGCAGCGUCAGGGCCUACGCGCCGGCUCCCUCCACUUCCCCGGCACCGCCUCCACUUACCAGGGACAGGUUGCCAUGGAGCGGGAAGUCGAGCCACAAAUGUACAACUACAAGAACGAGAGCGCUUGGAGAGAGAACGUAGACAAGGUGAUGAGCUGGUUCAGAGAUAAAGAGCUGGACUUUGUGUCAUUGUACUUUGGCGAGCCGGACGGCACGGGACACAGAUACGGACCGGAAUCGCCACAGCUGAAGAGGAUGGUGGAGCAGGUGGAUCGGACCGUGGGCUACAUGCGAAAAUCCUCCGACAAUCAUGGCCUACGAGAGCAACUGAACAUCAUCAUCACAGCCGACCACGGCAUGUCGACGGUGUACCGCGGCAGCCAAGUGGAGGAAAUCACCUUGUACAAGAUCCCCGGCUUCUCCUUCAGCGAUCUGUCUUUCCACCUGGUGGACUACGGCCCCUCAGGAAUGUUGCUGCCAAAACCAGGCCGACUGGAGAAGGUCUACUCGGCCCUGAAGGGGGCACACCCCAAUCUGCACGUCUACAAGAAGGAGGACAUGCCAGAACGACUCCACUUUGCCAAAAACGACCGCAUCCUUCCCCUGCUUUUAUGGGCCGACCCUGGAUACGUAAUCAAUGGGUAUUUCCCGGUGCAGUUCAACAAGGGCGAGCACGGCUACGACAACAGCCAGAUGGACAUGAAGCCCUUCUUUCGGGCGGUGGGCCCAGCCUUCCACAGGGACCUGGUGGUGGGCCCCUUUGAGACGGUCAACAUCUACCCCCUCAUGUGUCACAUCCUGGGAAUCCAGCCGGAGGUCAACGACGGACACAUUGACGCCACCAAGCACAUGCUGGUCAGCGCAGCACCAGGCAAGAAACAUAACCACCUGCCGCAGGUCUUCACUGGGCUGGCAGCCGUGGCUGGAUUCCUACUUCUCUUGUUCAUCACCAUGACAACGUACACAAUCGUCCGCCACGAGAGGCAGCACAAGAGGUGA